AUGUCCCGAAAAUCCCCACGAACUAGCGCCAGACUAGCGAUUCUCGGCCUCGUCGGCCUCGCUGCCGUCUCGACUGCGCAGGUCGCGCGCGACUACGAUGCCAACGACUACUACGUUCUCCAUCUGGAUGAAGGCGUCCAUCCCGCCCACGUCGCCGACCGUCUCGGCCUGCGGCACGAAGGCCCCCUAGGCGAUCUCGACCAGCACUACAUCUUCACAUCUCCUAAAUAUGAUCACGAUGUCGUCAAGCGGCAGCUCCUCGACCGACGGAGACGGAAACGAGACGGCUCCCACGAUAUCCUCGACACUGUCCGCCUCGCCAGGAAACAGCAGCCGCGGACUAUGCUACAGAAACGCAUCCCUCCACCUCCUUUACUUGCCCCCCGUGCAGAGAAAAAGCCCGACAUCGCAGCCGUAAGCAAGCAGAAAAACGUCAUGCGGGUGCUUUCCAUCAACGAUCCCACAUUCCCUGGCCAGUGGCAUCUGUUCAACCCAAUCCAACUAGGUCACGACGUCAACGUCACUGGCGCUUGGAUCGAAGGCGUCACAGGCAAAAACGCCACUGUCGCCAUUGUCGACGAUGGCCUCGACAUGCACAGUCUGGAUCUCAAGGACAACUACUUCGCCGCGGGAUCUUGGGAUUUUAACGACAACGGCCCCGAGCCGUCGCCAAAGCUACCCGAGGAUGGCCACGGAACCAGAUGUGCCGGUGAAGUCGGUGCCGUCAGAAACGACGUGUGCGGUGUUGGUGUUGCUUACGACGCCAAGGUGGCCGGCAUUCGCAUCCUCAGCAAGCCCAUCAGCGACAUGGACGAGGCCGAGGCCAUGAUUUACAAGUACCAAGAAAAUCAGAUUUACUCCUGCUCCUGGGGUCCGCCAGAUGAUGGCCGCUCUAUGGAGGCUCCUGGCGUCCUCAUUCGCCGUGCGAUGCUCAAGGGUAUCCAAAAGGGCCGUGCCGGUCUUGGCACGAUUUACGUCUUUGCCUCGGGCAACGGUGCCGCCUCAGAAGAUAACUGCAACUUUGACGGCUACACCAAUUCCAUUUACAGCAUCACUGUUGGUGCUGUGGACCGCGAAGGCAACCACCCAUACUACUCGGAGCACUGUUCUGCCCAGCUCGUUGUUACAUACAGCAGUGGAAGCGGCGACUCCAUUCAUACCACCGAUGUCGGUCCCAACAAGUGUACAAUCUCCCACGGAGGCACGUCUGCCGCUGCACCCUUGGCCGCCGGUAUUUUUGCUCUCGUCAUGGAAGUUCGCCCAGAUCUGACCUGGAGAGAUCUUCAAUAUCUCGCCCUCGAGACCGCCGUCAAGGUCGACGAUCCCAACGCCGGUUGGGAAACUACUGCCAUUGGCAAGCACUUUUCGCAUACAUUUGGCUACGGUAAAAUCGAUAGCUAUGGCAUCGUCCAGAUGGCCAGGACCUGGGAGAAGGUCAAGCCCCAGGCUUGGUACUUUUCUCCCUGGAUCCACGUCAAGACGGAUAUUCCUCAAGGGAAUGAGGGCCUCGUCUCCACCUUUGAAGUUACCAAAGAGAUGCUCAAGGAGGCCAACCUCGCUCGCCUGGAGCAUGUCACCGUCACGAUGAAUGUCGACCACACCCGUCGCGGUGAUCUUAGCGUGGACCUCGUCAGCCCUGAAAAAUUCGUCAGCCACAUUGCUACAACCCGAAAGAUGGACACCCACGGCACCGGCUACAUUGACUGGACCUUUAUGAGUGUUGCCCACUGGGGCGAAAAGGGUGUCGGAAACUGGACCGUCAUUGUUCGGGACAGCAACGUCAACGACCACACCGGCAAGUUUGUCGACUGGCACCUCAAGCUCUGGGGCGAAUCCAUCGAUGCGGACAAGGCCACUCUCUUGCCCAUGCCCACCGCCAACGACGAUAUCGACCACGACAAGGUCGAGACGGUCACCAUGCCCGCCAUCACCACAUCCGUCCCGCCCCAGGCGACGCCCUCCCACACCGACACCGUCUCGCUGCCCGACGACCACAUUGACCGCCCGACCAAGCCGGCCGGCGGCGCGACACCCUCGCCAACGACCUCGGAUCCGGCCAGCACCCCUGCGGACCAGAAGCCCGCCGAGAGCAGCCCGCCCGCGUCCAACUGGAUUUCGUGGCUACCAUCUUUUGGUGCUUCUAAGACGGCCCAAAUUUGGAUCUACGGCGCCGCUGGCCUCAUUGGCGCCUUUGGUAUUGGCCUCGGCAUUUUCUUCUACGUUGCCCGCCGCCGCCGCCUCCGCAACGACUCCCGCGAAAGCUACGAGUUUGAGCUCCUCGACGAGGAAGAAGGUCGCGACGGCAGCAGAGCCGCCGGCGCCGGCGGCGUGGAAAAGGGCCUCGUCUCGGGUAAAUCGGGCCGUCGCACGCGCGGCGGCGAGCUCUACGACGCAUUUGCCGACGGCAGCUCCGAGGAGGAUUCCGACGACGAGUUCGACGCCUACAGAGAUCGUUCGGCCGACCGCCUCGCCGGCAUCGAGCACCUCCCCGAGGACGAGGAGCAGCACGUCAUUGGUGACGAGAGCGACGAGGAUGACUUGGCCCUGGAUGAAAAGGCCGGUCAGGCACGGCCCCUGGCAAAAUAA